GCGCCGGCUUGGGGGAAAAGCUCCUUGUUGCUGGGCAAGAGAGAGAGAGCCUGCCUUGUUCCACCUGAAGUCUUCUUCCGAGCAGGGCGCGAUGGAGCAGCCUGUGCAGACUGAAGUGUGGAAACCACAGACGUUGGAGGAGCUAAUCCGGAUUCUCCAUCAGUUGUUUUCCGGCGAUAAAGUCAAUAUAGACGAAGUGCAAACUUUAAUGGAAUCUUACGAGAGCAAACCCGAAGAGUGGACCAAGUACGCCCAGUUUGACCAGUUCAGAUACACAAGGAAUCUCGUGGAUAAAGGAAAUGGAAAGUUCAAUCUGAUGGUCUUAUGCUGGGGAGAAGGGCAUGGCAGCAGUAUCCAUGAUCACACAGAUUCACACUGUUUUAUGAAGAUACUUCAAGGCAAUCUGAAGGAAACACUAUUUGAGUGGCCUGGCAAAAAGGGGUCUGGAGAGAUGGUGAAGAAAUCGGAAAGGGUUUUGAGGGAAAAUCAUUGUGCCUAUAUUAAUGACUCCAUUGGCCUUCAUCGUGUGGAGAACCCAAGCCAUACAGAAACUGCUGUUAGUCUUCAUUUGUACAGCCCACCCUUUGAAACCUGCCAUGCCUUUGAUCAAAGAACUGGACACAAGCAAAAAGUGAAAAUGACAUUCUAUAGCCAGCUUGGAGAAAGGACUUCAUCUAUAACAUUGGUUUCAAAAGAGAACAACUGAGAAGUGUAAGGCCUGCUGUGUUUGUGUGUUGAGACAGAGCAGGAGGAAAGUAGGGUGAAUGCCAGCAGCAAGCUGUGUCUGAAUAAUCUCUACCGUAGGACAGCUUCCUGGUCACACAGUUAUCCUGAAUGAUUUCUCCUCUCCUUUUGAAUGUUAAACGGAGUAGUGCCACUGAAUUCAGAUGUCCCUUUCUGGAUUUUUUUGUUGCUUAUUAAUUUCUCCUUUGAAACUGUAUAAACAGAAGUUCAGCAUAUGGGUCCUUAAAUAUCAUCUGACUCUCUUAACAGCCCUACAGAUAUGCUAGUUUAGAUUUUUAAGCCUCUGGUCAACAUUAACUUGUAGUCAUCUAGUAUGUACUAUAUACUGUUAAUAGCCUCAUAUCUUAUGUUCAGUGAUUUGUUGAAAAUUUUAAAUAGUUUGUGUAUUUUUAAAACGUCAUGUAUAAGAUGUUUUUAAUAGCAAUAAUUGUCUUGUAUAAUAUUGGUUUUCUGUAAAGUUUUUUUAAAAGUUGCUAAUGAUGUGGAAAGAGCUCAGCUUCCAGUCUUUAGUGGAACCUGCUUGAAAACUUAAAUAAAAUUGAAUUUGGAUACAGAA